GUCUGCAGAUUUCGGCCUCUUGAGGGUUGUCCUGCUCCAGCCUCACCCCAAGUGUUGUGUGUUUCAGGAUGAAGACCAUUCUCAGCAACCAAACGGUCGACAUUCCCGAGAAUGUCGACAUCUCCCUCAAGGGCCGCACGGUCAUCGUAAAGGGCCCCCGAGGCACCCUGCGGAGGGACUUCAACCACAUCAACGUGGAGCUCAGUCUUCUGGGCAAGAAGAAGAAGAGGCUCCGUGUUGACAAAUGGUGGGGGAACCGGAAGGAGUGGCUACAGUCCGCACCAUCUCAGUCAUGUGCAGAACUAUGAUCAAGGGGGGUCACUCUGGGCUUCCGCUACUAGAUGAGGUCUGUGAACGCUCACUUUCCCAUCAACGUGGUUAUUCAGGAGAAAGGGUCUCUUGUUGAAAUCCGAAAUUUCUUUGGUGAAAAAUAUAUCCGCAGGGUUCGGAUGAGAUCAGGUGUUGCUUGUUCUGUAUCUCAAGCCCAGAAAGAUGAGUUAAUCCUUGAAGGAAAUGAUAUUGAGCUUGUAUCAAAUUCAGCUGCUUUGAUCCAGCAAGCCACAACAGUUAAAAACAAAGAUAUCCGGAAAUUUUUGGAUGGUAUCUAUGUAUCUGAGAAAGGAACUGUACAGCAGGCUGAUGAAUAAGAUCUAAGUUUUCCAGUUACAGAAACAACAGGAUAUACAAGAGGAUUUCUGCAGACCUAUUGUGAUGAGAUAAAAUAAAAA